UCGCGCCGCGGUCGGUUCGCGGUGACGAGGUAGUGGAGAAAAAGAGAGAGAGAGAGAGAGAGAGAGAGAGAGAGAGAGGGAGAGAGGGGCACGACGAGGUUGGUACGUUUAGAGCGGCGCUGAGGGAAGCGACGUUUGGCCGCGCGGAGUCUAUCGCGAGGCCUCGAGGAGUGAGCCGAGCGAGUGAGCGAGCGAUUCCGGUCUUCGUGGUACUCGCGUCUACGUCGUACGCGCGGGUGGACGCGCGAAGUGCAAUACGAGGCGAGAAAACGUGUCCUUCGAGAUGAGAAUUGCGCAACCGGCGCUCUCUCUUCGUCGUCCUCGUGCCCUGCCUGGAUGAGUUUAAAGCGUGCUUUCGCGAGUGUGAUUUUGAUUUCGCCAGCUAUAUCAGUGAGGUGUUUGCGACCGUGACUGUUCCUCAUCGUGGAGACGUGUACAGUGAAAUUCCACGACGAACCGGAAUUCGUCCCUACGUGUUUUCUCGUCCGCGUCGUCGCGCGAGAGAUAGACGCGCGGGUCGGCUGAGCGAACACGACCGGCGUAUCGCAACCGCCGGCGGCCGCGCCGUUGUCCGGAGUCGGUCGGCACGUACCGUCUGCUCGCGUUCAGGGCGAAUGAACUGCGCACCGGCGAUGAUGGUUCUCCGCAGCGCGGCGAUGCGCGAGUAAUGAGGGAGCUGCGUGAUCGACCGAGCACGACCGGCGGUGGAUCGAGAGAAGGAGAGAGGAGAGAAAGAGAAAGAGAAAGAAGGAGAAAUUAUAUGCAUAUAUAUGUGUCUAACCUCGACCUCCAAGUGUCGGCUGUUGUGCGGUAGCGUGCGGCACGACGUCGUGGUCACGCCACGCGCAUAGACGAGUGUUGUUAGACGGUGCUGGACGCGCGUCGCAUUAACGUGAGCUUUCGUGAUGAACGGGAUUUGCAGCAGGCUUACUUUGUAAAGCUGCAGCCCAGUGGAAACCGAGUACCUUGUAACGUACCAAAUAGCAAAACCUGGCCUACGUGCAAUAAUUUCCCCUCCCUCUUCGAUUCGAUUCGAUUUCGCUUAACGGAUCUGUCCUAAGGAAGUUUAAUCUCGCGAUAGAGGAAGAUCCGGAAUUAAUUGGAGAACCGUCGGGAGAGAACCUCGUGUGCAAUCAGUCGCAAGCUCAACAAGUGGAACACCGUCGCUCGUCUCAUAGCUGAUUCCGCUAAAACCGCUUCCACCGGAUUAUCUGCGGAAACGGAAUCUUAGAUGUUACACGCGCGGUUCGCAAGUUCCGAAGCACUGCGCGCUCCUCUCCGCGGUCCUGUCCCGAUCGAUUUCGUGGCACCGGCUUGUACGUUAAACGCGCAACAAGUUGAAGAAGAUAGAGCACGUGGUGAGCGCAGCGCGCUCGGAUCAAUUAAAGCGUCCGUCCUUGCGUAAGACUUGGCAACGCGCCCGCGCGCGCGCUACAAGCGAUAACAUUUGGUCUUCGCUGAUAAGGAAUUUGCGCGAGCGAGCAGACAAUAGAUCGCUGGAGCGGUCAGUCGACGAAUCGCGCGCGCUCGACGCGAUGCGCUAGAAUUCUCGUGAAAAGCUUGAUGCUUCGAACGUGAAUAUUUUGCCCGCCGCCGGUUCCGCGCAUCGCGACAUCGAACUCGCGGGUCUGAGUUCUGCGCGGAGUUCCGAGAAUAUUUCCGAUACGAUCGUCUUUGAAGUUUCGCGACAGCGCAACGUUGCUCAAGGUGUCGAUGCGAGAGCGUACUUAAAGAGUCUUCGUCGAAGGCAAGAAGCGGGGGAAUCCAGGAAUUCCCCUCCCUCCCUACCUCCCUCCGGAAGAGAGGGCUUGAUUAUUAGUGCGGCAGGGCGGCAAGCAGCUUUGAAUGACCUUCGUAUUCUGCGGCUUCGUCUUCGACUCGUCCGACGAGAAGACGAGACAAAUGCCGGUCGCUUCGGAGGACUGGGUGCCCCACCCGGGCGCCAAGAUAACCAGUUCCAUCACCACCGUCAAGGGUGCCACCAUACAGAGCACGACGACGGCCUGGAUGUCGCCCUACAGCAGGACGGCGCCGCCGGAUCGCGGAGGGUCCAAUAAUAAUAACAACAAUAACAACAACGGUGUAGUUAUUUUGGAUGGCUGCAGACCGCCGGCGGCCACGACGGCCAGGCGGUUCUUCAGGUGGUUCAGCAGACUGGGACAGCCGCCGAUCGGCAAGACAGGUGAGUGCAAUGACCAACUACAAUCGGGGCGCCGCCUGCCCAUGUGUCAGUAUGCUCUGGUGCCGGAAAGAAUCGUCCACGAAAUGGGGGUGUUGGAGAUGGCGGCCACCGAGAGCACGAUCCGAUUUAGCGGUCACACGUUGGACAAAGCGACCAAGGCCAAGGUAACGUUGGAGAACUAUUACAGCAAUCUGAUAGCGCAGCACAUCGAGCGGAAACAAAGGCUGGCGAAGCUCGAAGAGUCUCUCAAGGAUGAGGGUCUUUCCGAGCAGCAGAAGCAGGAGAAGAGGCUGCAGCAUGCCCAGAAAGAGACCGAGUUCCUCCGGCUGAAGCGAUCUAGGCUCGGCGUCGAGGAUUUCGAGCCUCUCAAAGUUAUCGGCAGGGGAGCAUUCGGCGAGGUGAGACUCGUGCAGAAGAAGGAUACCGGACAUGUGUACGCGAUGAAAAUUCUUCGGAAGGCGGAUAUGCUCGAGAAGGAGCAAGUCGCGCACGUCAGAGCGGAGAGGGACGUUCUCGUAGAAGCGGACCAUCAGUGGGUCGUGAAGAUGUACUACAGUUUCCAGGAUCCUAUAAAUCUCUAUCUAAUAAUGGAGUUUCUUCCUGGCGGUGACAUGAUGACGCUGCUCAUGAAGAAGGACACGCUUUCCGAGGAGUGCACGCAAUUUUAUAUUUCCGAAACGGCGUUAGCAAUCGACUCCAUACACAAAUUAGGUUUUAUUCAUAGAGACAUCAAACCAGACAACCUGUUGCUGGAUGCACGGGGUCACAUAAAACUUUCUGAUUUUGGGCUGUGCACGGGUUUGAAGAAAUCACAUAGGACCGAUUUCUACCGAGACCUGAGUCAAGCGAAACCUUCCGAUUUCAUGACAUCAUGCGGGAGUGGAAGUGGCGGCGCAAUGGACAGCAAAAGAAGAGCCGAGAGCUGGAAGAGAAACAGGAGAGCGCUGGCUUACAGCACGGUGGGUACUCCAGACUACAUCGCGCCGGAAGUGUUCUUACAAACAGGUUAUGGACCGGCUUGCGACUGUUGGUCCCUGGGAGUCAUUAUGUACGAGAUGCUUAUAGGAUAUCCACCAUUCUGUAGCGAGAAUCCCCAGGAGACGUAUAGAAAAGUAAUGAACUGGCGAGAAACGUUAGUGUUCCCGCCGGAAGUUCCCAUUAGCGAAGAGGCUAAGGAUACCAUUAUCAGAUUUUGCUGCGAAGCCGAUAGAAGAUUAGGGGCGCAAAGAGGCAUCGAAGAGCUCAAGUUGGCGCCUUUCUUCCGCGGUGUCGAUUGGGAGCACAUCAGGGAACGGCCAGCCGCUAUACCGGUCGAGGUGCGAUCCAUUGACGACACGUCGAACUUCGACGAGUUUCCAGACGUAAAAUUAGAGAUACCGUCCGCGCCGAUGCCACAGGACGGCGAGGUAAUAUACAAGGACUGGGUAUUCAUUAAUUACACCUUCAAGCGCUUCGAGGGUCUGACACAACGGGGCACACCGACCAAGAAAUAGCAACCCCUCACUUCCUGCUCGAUCAACAGCACCGUCGCUAAUCAGCAACCAGCUGACGUGAUCGAAAUUCCGGCCUUGGUACAUCAUCCUCAUCCGCCGUCGACGGCAAUGGUGUCGCGUACGGCGGAGGGCUGACCUGUCUCUUGGGCGCGGUUCAAGUAUCGGACACGAGUUAUUCUUAUUUGUAUAUACGUGAUGAGCACGGAUUGUCGCUGUCUAUGCGCGGCGUCAAUUACGGAUAUCGACAGUCGCGAGCGGCGACGAGCUCGGUCAGCCAAGCGGACAGGCAAGCAGGCGGAUGUGGGAGAGUACAGCGAUAAAGGUGCACAAUACACGAAUAUUGCACGCCUCGACGCGUGCGUCGAUAACGCGCGAUAAGGCGAUGCGAGCGAAGUCUUUCGUUGUGACUCACGGUGAUCCUCGUACGUAUCCCCGUCGAGAAGCAUUCUUCUUUACUCUUGUCGUGCCGCGGAGAAUGCGUUUUGUGCGAAACGUAGCAUAAUAAGCUCUCUGUGGUAAUGGUAUUAAACGGAAACAAUCGGAGGGAGAGUCGGCCCCGUGAUUCUCACUACUUCUUUUUUAUCUAAGCGACGCGCGUGUCAAUGAAAUUUUACUGUGCGAAAAUAUAUUUGUCGAACGUUUGGCUAAGCUCUCGAAUCAAGCUCUCUUUUUCUUUCUGUUCGAACGUUGUAUUUAUAAUUAACUCUCUGUGAUAUAUGAAGUUGUUGAAAAUAUCUGCUAUCUUCGGACCUUUUUGUCUGUUAGCGGAUGCUACGCUUUUAUUGAUGUUGUAUAUACAUAUAUAUAUAUAUACAUAUAUAUGUGUGAUUAAUCGUAUUUCGAUAUGUCUUAAAAAUUUAAAAGUUGUUGCAAUGGAAUUUUAUAAUAUUAUGUAUUUUUGUGCUACUUUUGAGAGCUUGGAUUCGUUCACAAAACUAGGGGAAUUAUUGACAAAAUUAAUGACACGCGCGCGAAGCUAUUCGUAUAUAUAAAAAAAAUUCCAAUAUAUUUUACAUAUUUUAUCAUUGUGAACUGAGCAUUAUGGAAUGGUAUACUUUCGGCACCGGGUCUCUCUCUUUCUCUAUCUCUCUUUCUCUUGUAAGGCAAUAAUAAACAUUUAGCUGUGUGUGAAUACACAAUAAAGGAUGCUAGGUUUUAAAAGACACCGUAAAAGGCGUAAGAAGGGAGAAAGAAAGAUUACAUUUGUAAGAUUCAGGGCUCCUUCGUUGCCUUAUUAAGGUUCCUAACAGACAGCCCAACAAAUCCGUACGUUUAAACGAAAGAGAUGAGCCAGACAUGCCACUACUUUGAUGGAAAAACGGUAAGGAAAUAGCGAGUGUGCUGCGACGAUGUGUAGAAAAUCGUACACGCACACACACGCCCGUGUAUUUUAACACUUGAUAGAACCGAAUACCUUUUCUUUCGAUCGCACUGUGAACAAUUUUACGAUUUACAUUUCGUAGUUUUGCUGACAACCAGGGCACCUUGGUAAUAAAAUAGCGUAAUAACGAUAAAGACUAGAUAACAUUUAAGAUAACAAACAUACAUACAUACACACAGAAGUACCUAUACGUUAAACAAAGGAAAUGCACGCGUGCGCGUUCGAAAACGUAAUAUUGCGUUUUGGAUAAUAUAGUACAUGUAUAAAAAGAAAAAUUUUCAACGCUCCUUCCACGUAACGUUCUGGCGUGUUUUCACUUAGUAAUCACGCAAUCACGCUGUACUGUAUAUUCGACGAAGAGAUUAGUUUCGUACGACUACUCCGCCUGCGCAUGUAUCUUAAUGCCGUUUACCGAAUGAAAUCUUCAGGUAGUUUAAAUAAAGCAGAGAUCGCCUAGAUGUACUACCAGUUAAGUCAGUACUUUAAACGAAGAGGAAAAAAAAGAAGAAAAUUUUCACCCGCGAAUAAAGCUAGUAGAAAAAAAAAAGAAAUGUGAAAACUAUUUUCUGCACUAUGCUAGAGGUUAAAUCGAUGAUGAGUGUAACGUAAGCGGGAAAAAGUUAAGGAGUUACGGAAUACUUUUAGUCUCUCCUUGUCGCCAUUGAGUACAGAUGCUCUGACGUCCAUGCUACUAAAGUAAAGAAAAGAAAAAAACGAAGAAGUAAUUGCAAUUUAUUUAUUUAAAGAGAAAGUCUAAAUAAAUGAUACAACAAUAGCCACGAGAUGCCUUUGACGCAACAAGUUUCGGUGCCCUGGAACAGUGCAUAUAUAUAAAUAUACAAGUAUAUAUGUAAAAAAAAGUAUAUAUAUACAUAGAGAUACCUUUUAGCAGAAAGAGAGGGAAGUGUAAUAUGCGCUAAAUUUAGGUGUUGAAUUAUAGGUGUGCUCUGAAUUUUGAAGUCAGGUGGGUGUACAUUUUUUCUGUGUUUUUUUUUUGUUUUCGAAAACGAGAGAGAGGGAACGAGCGUAUUAUAAUAUAGCGGGAUGGUGACGAGAUGUAUGUACGCGCACGUAUCGAGUUACUACAUAUUUGAUGUAAAACGUAAUUCUGAGGACACGUGAGAGGGAAAUCUCUAAGUAGACUUAACGGUAUUGAUUGUCGAUGUACACUGUAAAUACUGACGAGGCAACUAAAUAUUAUUAAGAGCAAGGCAGUUUGAGCUCCGGUGUUUAAUUGGUUACCGCUGUACUGCCAUCCUCGACUUUUUAUUAUUGUAUAUCGCGCAUGAUGAAUCGCAUUACGGGUGUGUUAAACGUACGGUAUAUCAUCCAAUUUCACGUUUUUGCUCGUGUUUAUGCUAGUGUUCUUAUCAUUGUACGAAUACUGAUUAGUUGUUACUUUUACAGUUUAAUUUAAAUGAAAGAAACCGCGAUAGAUCUCUCCUAGCUAAUUCUACUAACUAGGUGUUAAGUUACUUUUUUUCGGCAAGGAGCCUCUUUUUUUUCUUUCUUUUCUCUCGCCGAAUAGGAAUCGUUUCCGACGCUAUCGAUGAUUACACGUUCGGAGAUUUCGUUUCCUAUAUUCACGUCUUUUGUCUCAUUUGUAGCUAUCAUGUUUUUAAAUCCGAUCAUGUGAUUCCUUUCUACCACGAUAUAUAGGAUUCUCGGAUUAUGUAAUAUCAUGCGUAUACGAUUAAUCACACGCACACGCACGUAUAUCGGCCGCAUAUAGCAAGGCGAAACAAUUAAUUUCUUCGCGUUCAAAUAACGAGUGGAGCAGUUUUUUUUUUAAUUUUAUCGAUACAUUUAAGCCUGGAUGAGUAAUGUGUCAAAGUUACAAAUAUUGAGAUCCAUAUCGAAUAAAAUUUACACAUGAGAUUAUUUUAGAAAGACUUUUUGCUGAAGUUGCUAAAGCCGUGAGCGCGCGCAGAUGAAAAUUCUCUCCCAAAAAUGAAGCGUUAACUCUUUCCAUUGAAAUGUAAAUAAUUAGUGUUGUUUGUCAACACAUUUAUAAAAACUAUGAAUAGAACAAACAUGAUAUAGUCAUUCUAUAAAAAAUUAAGUUGAGUUGAUUAGGAUUCAAGUAUUGUCUAAGUAUUGUUUCUAGACACAGACAGAAAAUUGAAUUAUUUUUGCAUGAAAGGAAUUUUGACAGACGCGCUAAUUUGAGGCAGGUAAGUAAACAAAAAAAUCGGCAAUGUACAAAUGCUAGUGCUGAUAAUGUAUUCUGUAUUGACUAUAUAUUUUGCUAUUGCAGUUUAGACAAAUGAUAAAAAAAGCAAUGACCUAGUGAUUGUUUUAUUGAGAUUACGAGUAAUAACUCAGUUAUCUUAAAUCGAACAUGAUCAUCUAAAACUGCAAGGAUUAGCGCUGCUGAUCUGACGAUAUGAAAGCCACUUCUCGGAUGAGUUGUUUCUAUUACUUGUAAUCUAUUACAUUUUGCAUAUUACUCAUCCAGGAUCACGGAUUGUAUCGCGCGCGAUAUUGAUCCUUCAAUUGCCUCGUAGCGCGAAAUAACGAUUUGCGCAAAGUGCUCUUGGAUAAAUAUUUCGUUGCACUUAUCAUUUUACAACGCGUAAGACUAGAACUGCGGAUUGAGGCGUAACGAAGUUUAAGAAAAGAACGUUCUCGUACUUUAAGUAUUGUACAUAGUACAUAAUAAUGACAAAACGGAACAUUCAGAAAAAGCGGAAAAAAGUUAAAAAAUUCUACGCUUAAAUAUGUAUAAUUUGCACAAACCUACUUAUUAUAAAUGCCAGAUAUGGAAUAGCUGCUGUAUUUAUUUAAACCAUAAUGACUGUAGAUAGCUAGAAAGAAUCAUUAGAAUUAUAUCAGAUUCGUAUUAGAAAUAUAUAGCUUCCAAUAGAAAUAUGCGAAUCUGGAUUUUGUGAUACCGAAACGAAUCAAAUCGAAUCUUAUCUUAUUCGAUUCGUAUUCGAAUAUUUUGCACAUCUCUAGCUUUUAACAUAAAAAUUCGCGACGUCUAGAAAACAUUAUCUUUUUUCCAAAUUUUAUCUUCUCCUUAUUCUUUAUUCUAUCUUAUUGUCACGUCUCGUUACGCUCAUCCGCAUUCUACGCAAACCGUUAGGUCGCGUGUGAGCCACUUAAAUCGUCCCGAAGCGCAUUGCCGAAGAGUCGAAAUAUCAGCACAUUUUCGCUUGAAAGUAACGGAAACAAAUACGUGUAUUGACAAUCGUGUGAACCAAACGAAUUUCUUAUGCGGGAAUACGAGUGUUAUCUGUCACUGUAACUACGCGACUAUUCCGUAUCAGCGUGGUUUAAUUCGUUUCGUUGUCGUUUUGUACAGUCAUCUAGCUGAAUUUUAUAAGCCUUAUACUUCGUAUAGCAUUUAUUAGGUAGAAGCUCUUAACAAUUAAUCCUGUUCAAGUGUAGUAAUAGUAGACUCUUAGACGGCCAGUUCCGCGUGUCGUAAGUCUACGGUGACUAGAUAACAUCAUCAUAGUACAAACGAGUGCAGUGAUGCUGCAAUGCUCCUUUUGAAUUCCUAAAUGGGCAACAUUAAUACGAAAAAGAGAAAUAGUCUCAGUUUCGGAAAAUAUUUUGAAAACUCAUACAUAUACCUGGAUAUCAUUAAUAUGAUUAUAUUCAAUUUAUAAUUAAUUCGUUAAAAAAUAUCAUCUCUUUCUAGAAAGUACUUAAGAGUUACGUUCAGUAAUGAAAAUGGACAAAUCUGUAUAGAUUCCUAUUAAUUAAUAAUACUAAUAAUUUAUUAUGAAUAUAUCAUUAAUUUGUUAAUAGUUAAAUAUUAAGAAAUAAUUUUCAAUAUUUGUUACAAAUGUAUUUAUAUUUGAUAAUCUAGUAAACAUUAUAAAAGUUAUAAAUUUUUUUUUAAUUAUUGCACUAUAAAUUACAAUAUUCUCUUAAAUAUUGUCGUAUUAUUUUCUUUUUAAAAAAACUUCAGGAGCCCAUUUUUCGAUUUCAACACAAAGAUGAAAAAGUACAAACACAUUUUGCGCAAUUAUUGCACUCGAUUGUACAAGGAUAUAAAUUUAUACACCACAAUGUCCGACCGUUCCGUUGUAUUUAGCGUUUGCCGUGUAAGAUUCGUGAUUAUUUAGAAACAAUUAUAUCAAGUAAAUCAUCGGCUAUUCGUUUCGGGAACGGAGAAAGAAGACCGGAACAUAAAUUACACACGGACGCAUGACGGACGAGGUAUAUCGACUGCGGAUAUUUUAUAGUAGGUUUGUGAUUAAAUCAAGGAAUUAUUGUCGAAUGGUCCGAGAUAAAAUAAAAAACGAUGUAUAAAAAAAAGAGAAAUAUUGCUUUCCACACGCAGAAUAUACUAUUGUAAUUAUGUCGUUAAUAAAUUGUUUUUUAUUUUAA